ACCCAGCAUUGUAAGAUAAUGGGCCCCCCUGUAACCAGACUUGCGUGCUUGCUCAUCAUUAUAAUGUCUGUUCACGGUGGUCCUGAUUCUACCUUGGAUGACCACUGGAUGCUAUGGACUACGAAACACGAGAAAGUCUACAUGAAUGAGAUGGAAGAGAUGAAACGACGGAUGAUCUGGGAAGACACUCUGAAAUUUGUCACCACCCACAAUCUGGAGUACGGCCUGGGGCUCCACACUUACGAAGUUGGAAUGAACAAUCUGGCAGAUAUGACAUCAGAGGAAGUGGUGGCUACAAUGAUGGGCGUUAUGGCUCCUGACAUCACAGAGUUGAAUUCCACAAGUGGAGUAGAUGAAUGGGAUGUUAAAGUUCCAAAUUCGAUUGACUGGAGAACUAAACGCUGUGUCACAAAAGUGAAGAACCAGGGAUCGUGCGGCUCUUGCUGGGCUUUCAGUACGACAGGCUCUCUGGAAUGCCAGAUGAAGCUGAAGACAGGAAAGUUGCAGUCACUGAGCGAACAGCAGCUUGUGGAUUGCAGUGGGAAAUACGGAAACAAUGGAUGCAAGGGUGGAAAUAAGGAGAAGGCUUUUAACUACAUCAAGGAUCAUGGACUGGGCACUGGAAUCCUCAUAUCCAUACCGAGGAAAGCAAGGCACCUGCAUCUCUGCUCCUAAGGCUGCUACAUGCCGCAGUUACAAGAGAUUGCCACGUGGGAAUGAACUGUCCCUUCAAAAGGCUGUGGCAACCGUGGGACCCGUGUCUGUGUCAAUAAAAUGUAUUCAACGUUCCUUCCAAAUGUACGCAAAAGGUGUGUACUAUGACCCUAACUGCCGUACAGAGGACUUUAGACAUGCAGUUCUGGUAGCUGGAUACGGUACAGAAAAUGGAACGGCCUACUGGCUGUUUAAAAACAGUUGGGGCAAAAACUGGGGUGAGAGAGGGUACGGCAAAAUGGCCAGAAAUCGUGACAACCAUUGUGGAAUCGCCAACUCCGGCGUCUAUCCGAUUGUGUGA